UAUUUAUAUAUUGUGGUUGAUUACCCAUAACACCCCUCUCUCUUCCUUUCUCACCCUUUCAUUGAACUCGUGGGAUAUCUUCAAGGACGUCCGUUGUCAAAAUGUCUGAUGCGGAAGGAGACGAUGUUCCUGCUGUACCUACAGCCUCAGGGGCCAUGGAUCUUUACACUGCAUUACAAGAAGUUUUAAAAACUUCCCUCAUUCAUGAUGGUCUUGCAAGAGGAUUACAUGAAUGUGCAAAAGCUCUUGACAAACGUCAAGCACAUUUGUGCAUUCUGGCUAACAACUGUGAUGAACCAGCCUAUGUACGUUUAGUAGAAGCUCUCUGUGCUGAACAUGGCAUCAAUUUAUUAAAGGUGGAUGAUAAUAAGAAAUUAGGUGAAUGGUCUGGCUUGUGCCGAAUUGACAAAGAAGGAAAAGCUAGAAAUGUUAUUGGCUGCAGUUGUGUUGUUAUCAAGGAUUAUGGAAAAGAAUCACAAGCUCUUGAUAUCAUCACUGAAUAUUUCAAAUCUAAGAAAUAAAUGUUACAAACCCAAAUAAAGUAAUGCAGUGUAAAAAUCCAAUAUAA